AAGAUGAACAAGCCCGCUAUAUAUAACAGCAAUCAGAAGAUGCUACAUAAGUUUCUUACUUACUAUAGAGCAUAUUUCUUGCACUAUGCAAUCCAGUUCAUUAUAGAAUCCGAGAAAGUUAUUCUUGCAGGAACUUAUUUCGAAAAGGAUAUUCUCAUUUAG